GUUCGCGAGUCGUCUCAGUCGCCAGUGCGCAACGCUAGUAGAAGCAAGUGUUCGUGUGUUCUACGCUGUAUUUUUAUUUUAUUUUAUGCAUACCCCAGCUUUGCAAUUGAAAACCAGUUUCGUAUUGCUUAUAUAUUCUUUUGUGAUACCGAGGAGUGUUGCUUUUUAAGUGUGUCAAAACGUACAUCACUCUACCUAGUUUGGUUCUCGUGUUGUAAUAUUCUGUGCCAGUAGCAGACUCGCAGUGUUUAGUGCUUUUGAUAGAACGUACUAUUUUGUCGCGAAGCUGUUCCAAUUUGGGAUUUCACCACGAGCGGGCUCAAGGAAAUUUAUUGUCACGUGGACAGUGGCGGCGGUGGCUCCACCGAAGUAAUGGUGUACUCUCUUGGCUGGGGCAUGGGCGAGCCGGAGCGGCGAAGCGAGCGCAAGCGAACGCAGCCGCCCGCCUCGGCGCACACGCUGUCACCAGACGAUGGCCAUGAGGUGGAUGUUCUGCCUCUACACAAUCAAGUUGGCGGUCACACGAGACUGCUAGUUCUCAACGACAGUACCGUGAUCAAACCGCUCAAUAUCAGAGAACUGCAUUUCUACCAGAACAUUCCUGAAGACAUCCAAGGCUUUGUCCCCAGAUAUAAAGGCGUGAUGCAGGCAUCUCACAUGGGUGGAACGAAAUUGGAAAAGCGCUACUCGCCGUGUUUCCGCGACGAGAACGGGCGCAAGCAGUCGCUGACGGGCAAGCGCAAGCGCGACGAUGUAUUCAAAUUCAGAGUCCAUCGGAACGGCAACGCCAGCGAAGUGCUCAAGAGUAUUGCGCAUAUGGACAAUUCAAAUAAACAAUAUUUUCUCAUGAUGGAGAACAUAACGUCGUCGUAUCGUCGGCCGUGCGUGCUCGAUCUAAAAAUGGGCACGCGGCAGCACGGCGACGAUGCGAGCGCUGAGAAACGGACGAAGCAGAUCGCUAAAUGCGCGGCUAGUACGUCCGGCUCGCUCGGAGUUCGACUUUGUGGGAUGCAGGUGUACCUUCCCGAAACGGGCGCGUGCCUCCGUCGUGACAAGUACUGGGGACGCGGUCUCACUGAGAGCGGAUUGCGUGACGCACUCCGCGACUUCUUUGCGGCGGGUGGCGGUUUAAGAGCGCGCGUUGUACGCCGAGUGCUGAGGGAUUUAGAUUCACUAAGACGGGCCAUCGCCAAACAGACCAACUACAGGUUUUAUUCGUGCUCUCUAUUAAUCGUAUACGAAGGUGACGUGACACCCCAGCCCGAAGAUUCUGGUGUUUCAACAUCCGAGUACGAGGGCGACGCAUCUAGCAGUUCCGCGGAACUGGCGCCUUCCGGACACUUUGACAUGUCCACCUUAAACGACGAAAUGCCCGCGGAAUCAUCACGGAAACGCGAGCCGUUCCGCCCUCACUGCGAGGAAACCAUGGCAGGCUUUGAAGAUGCCGAAUCAGCCGGUCCGCCUUCACCGCGGCCCCACCCGCCGAGUCCCGAUUCAGCCGAUAGCUGGAUGGCCUAUUCGUCAGCCAGCAGCGAUUCGUGGCGAGCUGAAAACGAAACCGAGACGGAGAACGAGACCGAAGGGAGCGGGAAAAGAGCCAGAACACGUGGCGGCUGGGAGGCUCCUCAGAGUCCUGAAGAACGAGUCGACAUCCGCAUGAUAGAUUUCGCGCAUACGGCAUACGCUGGCGCCGCAGCAGAGUCACCCCUCGCCACUGCCACCCCGCACGAUGGCCCCGAUUGCGGUUUCCUCACCGGAGUGGACUCUCUCAAGCGUCUCCUAACUGAAAUCCUUCUACCCCCGCCCUACAGUUAAUGAGCGCCGAGUGAAUACCUUCUCUGUGAAUAGUAUUGAAACGCCGCCGGACCAUCGGCGUUUGAUGUUCCCAGAUUUUCCUUAAUGCCGCUGCGUUGGACAUAGAGAUACUAAUCUUGGCGAUAGGUUGUGGAUUCUAUGAGAACGAUACAGCCGUUUUAUUUUUGGCCAUAUUUACUAUAUGUCGCUGACGCCGUUCGGGGCAAUUCGCGUCGUACGAUGACGCAGCGGUGGUACUUAGCGGAUGUUGGCGGUACAAAUUUAUGUUAAUUUCAAUGGGACCCAUUAGAUUUGUAUUAAGUUAUUCCAUAUUGACUGGUUUCCUCUUGGGUGACGUGAUGAAUCGAAGAGUAGACAUUCCUGGAUGCUCGGGCUGUGCUUUCGUUGUGACGAACUCUUGACAUCUUAGCUUAUUCUUCAUUUUGCAUUUAGAAUUCCACUUUUAGUUUGCUUUGUAAGAUAUCAUUGCUGUAUGACAUCGGGCAGCUGAACCGGCAUUUGUGAUCUUCAAUAGCGAAGGCUAUGAGUUCAAAUUCCAAGUGAUUCAAAGUUUGUUAGGCACAGCUACCCUUUAGACUAAUCGGAUAAUCUUAUCAGAGAGAUACAUGAACAUUGCAUUGACUGUUGGCUGCCCGACUAAACUAAAUCUUUAUCCCACUCAUCCAAGCCAAAGUUAAAAGUGAUUUGGUCAGUUUAAUUUGUAUUAUAAACCAGUGCAAUUGUGUACAUAUGUAUUGCAAGAUUUAUAUACGAAGUGUAUAAAAUGAUAUAAUUGUAUGUGUUUAAUUCCGUUACUUGGAUGUUUAUGGUGUUAGUGUAAUAAUUUGGCAAACAAACAGUAUUAUUACGUGAUCGCAAUGCAAGUGUAGAAAUAAUUUAUAGAGCAGGUGCUAAUAUCGUAAUAUACACUGCCAAAUGUAUGAAUGGUUUGCUGGUGUAACUUAUGGUCAGAGUAGAGGUUAGUUCCACUUCCGGAUAACCACAUAAUUUGACAAAUCGAUCAGGAAUUAGUGGAACUGGCUUUUGCACGAAAGGACACGGUGUUAGCCAACAUUCCUUCGUGCGGCGUAUUUUGUUUGUUCGUGUUUAAUUUUGGUGGGAUAAAUUUUUAAAGUACCUGUUUAAAUUAGAAUGCUAGGCUGUAUCAAAUUAUCUUUAUGUCUGUUAUUUAAAAAAAAACUGUAUGACAUUAUUUUGUUAAUAAAUUUUAGGUAUUAAAAUA